AUUUUUUUAAAACAAUCCAGUGAAUGGAAGUUGGGAAUAGUUUUGCACAUAAUAAGGUUCAGAAUUAAAAAGUUGAAAGCAAAUUUGUUAACAAAGUACGUAUGUAUUAUCAUAUAUUACCUUAAGAUUGUCUUGCAGGCAUAUAUGGGAAACAAAGACAAUAUAACAAAGAAAAACAGUACAUAAUCAAAGACUUGCAAAUACCACUGUGAAAAAGACAACCUGUUGAAAUAAAAAGAUAAUACUAAGGACACGAGUUAUAAAGUGAGUUUGUAGAAUCAGUUCAGACUAGCGGUGAACGACAACUCGGGAGACCGACGGGUGCAGGGUAAUAACUGGUAGUGUGGGACCUAAGGGAGACCGACGGGAGCAGGGUAAUAACUGGUAGUGUGGGACCUAAGGGAGACCGACGGGAGCAGGGUAAUAACUGGUAUUGUGGGACCUAAGGGAGACCGAUGGGAGCAGGGUAAUAACUGGUAGUGUGGGACCUAAGGCUUCUGCAUCACCUACCCGUUGCAAAUAGGUAGUAAAGUUCCAUACAACAUUUUAUUUGUAAAUGUUGCUAAGAAACAUCAGAGAAAUUCACCUACAAGGAACAUGUUUAAUAUUUUUCUACCAUUAGAAGGACCUAGUGGACGUUGGUUUAGCAAUAAAAAGUCUGUAACACUUCGCUGAAUAUAUGAGCCAGAAGUAUUCGGAAUGGGACUUGAAUCGAGGGGAAGGCUGAGCAAAAUUAAACAGCCACCCUCCUCCUUACUGGACAAUCACGUAAUUUGCUUUCCAAUGAAAUUCAUUUUGAGCUUGUUCGUGCUAAUUAAACACCUAAUGAGGGCAACCGCGACAAAAUGGGACUUACAUAAAAGGACCCCCGGGCUUUGUAAUGUGUCUGUGUUUGAUGAUGGAGCAGUUUGUUUAUUCACCUCUCAAUUCAGCUUCUUAUUGUAAUGGAAAGCCCAGGCAGCAAAACUGGAGGCAGAAACAUUAUCCCCAGGGAAAUGUUGAAGCUGUCGAAUACUUGGAUAACUAUAAGAGAGCGCAACUGAAAGCUAUUCUCUCUCAGGUCAACCCCAAUUUGACUCCACGUCUCAGGAAAGCAAAUACCAAAGAAAUUGGGAUUCAGGUUAAUCCAAAGGUAGACGCUUCAGUUCAAUGUUCGCUGGGGCCUCGGACUCUACCUCGACAGAAACGACGUUCUGUAACCGAAGGAGUUCGGUCGCCGUCUCCGGCCGGUGCUAUCGAUGUCAGCAGUGAGGCUGCUGGCGCUACAUCACGGUCUCCCACCGUCGUGCGUUUCUCUCGCCCCAUCGCUGUCUACUCGCCUGUGUUUGAUCGGCGUAUGGGAGAAAAGAACCAAAGACGAGAAACAGCAGAUAGAAAGGUUUCCCCCGAGGGUUUGGAGGAAGUUUCCGCUCCACACCAGGAAAAAGAGGCUUUUCGUGAAAAAGAAAAUGCGGAUACAGCGGAUAUGGAAAACCAAGAAGCAAUAGGUCAGAAUGACCAAGAAGUCAAUGGAAAUGAAGGCAAGCAGAGGUUUCGUUUCCAGUUUUUGGAGCAGAAGUAUGGCUACUAUCACUGUAAGGACUGCAACAUCAGAUGGGAAAGUGCUUAUGUUUGGUGCAUUUCAGGAACUAAUAAGGUUUACUUCAAGCAAUUUUGCCGUAAAUGCAAUAAGGGAUACAAUCCUUACAAGGUGGAAGCUAUUCUCUGUCAGAUGAGGAAGAAUGAAGAAGGCACAUCCUUUGUCCCUGGAGUGUCGUAAGACUACUGAAAAGGAUAUGAUGAGCAGGUGGCAGCAGGAAAACUAGAACUAUCAUCUUUAUCUGAGGGCAUGCAUAAUCACCUCAUUGGUGGAGGGAUGGGGGUCCUUCACAUGUCAUGAUUGAGACCACAAUAUCCGGGCAACUAAGCUUGCAAUGGAUAUUCCAAGUGUGCAAGUACCUUCUAGGUCACCUGUGCAACCUUCCCACCUCAUAAUGAGAGCUUUGUCUGGGUGUAUUUUCAUAGUUAUGUGUGCCAUGCUGUUUCAUUGCAUUUUAUGGAGCCUCAAAGGAAAGCUUCACCAUUGUAUGACACUGCAAAGCUCAGAUAAUGGAACUGAGGACAUUUUACUUGGAGAGGUACCUGGAACCACAAUCCUGAAGGACUUCAAUGUUAAACAUGUUAGGGCACCAUAGAUACGAGGUUGAUGAAGAUACAUCAAAAUAUUCAUGCUUGGUUAGAGUGCCUUAGAUUUCAGAAUCUAUUCUGAACUUCUUGAAGUAAAAACAUAAUUUUCACUGUAUGCUGUAAGCUCAUGUUGGGGCUGUUGUUGAAGCACAUUUCAACUCUCAUGGAACUUCAAUGGUGACUCAGUUUGCUCUGAUUACUGUUACCCAGAAGCAGAUUCCUCUUAAAAAACCAUUACGGAAUGGAUUAUUGCCACCUGGGAGCUAACUGUUUCCAAGUUUUGAAGGCACUGGUACAAUCCAAGUCAUAGCAGAUGCACAGUUUGUAUUUUUCAUGGAUCAGAAGUGUUCCACUAGUAUUGUGGAGUAGGAAGUUGCUGUCCUCUCCCAUGAUAUCCACAUUUCUACUCCCACCAGAGUUUAUUAGGUAAUGCCCUCAUCUGUGUCUCACUGCCAACUACCCCAGAAUACACAAAUGGAAAACAACUUUUGGAUAAUUAUUAUCAAAGUAUGUAUAAAAUGUUUCAUUUGUUAUUGUUGCUAUGGCAAAAGAGUUUAUUAAAAGAUGCAUUUCAAUGAUUCCUGCAUAAAAAAUUUAUUGAUAUGUAGACAGAUAGUCUGAUGAAAUUUUGAAAGUUAGAGCAAUACUUACUGCAAUUUGUACAACUAUUAUCAUUACAGUAUUUGUUGAAUGAGUUUGCAAGUAGGCACAAGGUGGCAUAAACCAAUUUUUACAAUGUGCCAAUAUAUGAUGAACCUUUUCAUCCCCCUUCAUUAAAGAAAAAUAACUGUUGAAAGGGUAUGAAGAAUUACCAUAGUAGGGAACGGUGCCAUUGGCAGUUAAUAUUACUAUGCAUUUUUCUGUCUCUGAAAUUUCCCAUCUUUUUACUUUAGCAGAUUUUCUCUUGCCACUUGAAGGAGCACAUACUGUGUGGCCUUGCCUUGAAUCUGACCUAUCAAUGAAACUUUUACUGAAAGUCAGAUUUUGGCAAUAGUUGCACAAAUUUUUUUUCUGAAGAUUAGUUGGGUCCCUAAAUUCUCACACACAAUUCAAGCAUUGAAAAUGUACCCUUAUUAUUAUGUUGACCACAAAUAUUACAGUUUCUGCUUCUUUUGGAAUCAACAUUUCAUUUGUUCAAUUUGAUAAAUAUGCACCACUGCAAAUACUUCAAGUCAUAGAUGAAAGGUUUCAAUGAGAUGAAAUAUUUUCCUGUUUAGUUUUUAUAUUUAAGCUUUACUACAUCAUGAUGAUUUUUUUUUACUGUAUUUAGAGAUAUAGCAUAGAACAGGCCUUUCCGGCCCUUCGAGCCACAGCGUUUGGCAAACCCAGGCAGCCACAAUUUUAACCCUAACCCAAUCUGGUAUGUCUUUGGACCAUGGGAGGAAACUAGAGAAACCUACACAUUCCAUCGUGAGGAUGUACAGAGUCUCCUUAUAGAAGGCACUGGAUUGACCUCUGAUGCCUGAGCCUGAGCUGCAAUAGCAUCAUGCUAACCGCUAUGCUACCAUGCCGCCUAUCGCGUGGACUGUCUCAAUUUGUUAUCAUUGACGUUAAAUUAUAAAGGGGAUCACAGAGGUGGGUGAUGUCUCAUGUUAACCUCAUUGUUUGCACCUGGAGGUCAUGGCUUUGGCUACCUGUUCUUUACAGGCCUUUGUGCAGCAAAAUAGAUUUUACAAGGUUUUUGUUCAGUACAAGUUCUCACAGACCAGAUAACACAUGUUCACAGAUUCAAAUACUAUAACCUAAUACUUAAUCAUAUAGCACUGACUUGUCAGGAGAUCUCUCAGGCAGUUCGAGUGUAAAGUCCAGUGAACUGUGAGUAUCCCUCAUGCAUCUCAGUUACCUGGAAAUGUUGAAUUUGAACUGAAACUUCAGGAGGAUCCUUCUAAUAUAUGGCCCAUCCUGCAGUUCCCAAACAGCAUAGGGAUUGCAGACAACAAGCCUCAGUUGCCUAUUAAUGACCUUUCAGAUCUUAUCAUUAAUUCAUUACCCUUAAUGAAAUGAACAUUUUUAAAAAUGUUCUGCAAAUCUGUUCAAUCUGCUAUUUACAGUAUUUUAAUUAGAUAAUAUCUCUUUUCUCUUAAAUGUAAUAAAGCACAAAAGCUCUCAUCAGAAAAUGGACA